GCGGCGGCGGCGGCGGCGGGGAACGGGUCGCCGGCCGGGUCAGCGUGCGCGCCGUGCCGCGCCGCGGGGGGAAGCCGUCGGGCCGCGCCGCCAUGUCAUACUGCCGGCAAGAAGGAAAAGACAGAAUUAUAUUUGUGACCAAAGAGGACCAUGAGACACCAAGCAGUGCUGAACUGGUUGCAGAUGACCCAAAUGACCCUUAUGAAGAACAAGGAUUGAUAUUGCCCAAUGGAGAUAUCAAUUGGAAUUGCCCAUGUCUUGGUGGAAUGGCUAGUGGUCCCUGUGGGGAACAGUUCAAGUCAGCAUUUUCUUGUUUCCACUAUAGCACAGAAGAAAUAAAGGGAUCAGACUGUGUGGACCAAUUCCGUGCCAUGCAAGAAUGCAUGCAGAAAUACCCAGAUCUUUACCCGCAAGAAGAUGAAGAAGAAGAGAAGGAGAAGCCAAGCAAAGAUAUAGGAGCUAAUUCUGUGGAAGCUUCUGUAGCUAAAGAAGAGAAGGGUUCUAGCUAAUGAAGAUGCAAGGAGGCUGUUGUCUCCACUUCUUAUUUUCAGACAUGGACUUUUGCAGGGUGUCUGUCUUUUGAGUCUUCAAGAAAUGUUUCACCAUUGUUCUAUACACUGUAUCAUAUUAAAUAAUUUAUUGCAGAAGGAGAAAUCUCAGUGCUACAGCCUUGCAAAUAAAUACUGCAAAAAGAAUGAGUAUGUGUAUGUACUGUGUAACCUGUUAGUGGGCACAGCCAAAACUUCAACAGCUGUUUUUUCCCUCCAAUUCUCAGAUAGUGUUUUGACUUGAAAAAUAUCUCUAAAUAUGUAAAAUGCACAACUUUCAACUAAAAUUUCCACUAGUGCACCAGGUCUGUCUUCAUUUCAAUGUGUUCUGAUUAGUAGCUGUUCUUUUUUUAAUAUAUUCUGUUCUAUGAAUAGAAAUUGAAUUAAAUAACUGGGUUUCCUUAAGACUUUUUUGCCAGUGAUUCAGAAUGUAGAAAAUGACCUAAUUUAGAAUUUGUAAACUUAAUUUCAAAUGGCAUUAUUUAGAUUAUGGCUGUAUUUUACUACUGACAUUAGGUAAGGACUGCCAGAAAAAUGUUGCAAUGUGUGGCUCCUUUGAUUUCAUUAACUGAUUGUGAUGACUUUUACAUUUUAAAAAAUAGUCUGUUGUGCAACUUUUUGUAUGAAUGGAAAAAAUGCCAAUCACUUGUUUUAUUUUUGCUCUGAAAGCACUGUGUGUGAGUUUUCUUAGUUGAUGCCUGCUUCUUCAGUGUAUAGACAGAUUCUUAUAAAAAGCUUUGGGAUUAAAAUGAAAAUGUCACCUAGGGUAGUGAUCUCAAACAGAUACUGUGACUUAAGUGCAUAUUAAAAAAAAAAAAAAAACCCUUCAUUAAAAGCUCUUCUUUCUUUCGGGGGAGGUUUCAUUAACAGUGCUUGGAUUUGAGAGACCAUGACAUUCUUCUGCAUUGUAAGCAGGCUGUGAAUUAAUUUGUGUUGUGAAGACCAGUUGCUUCAAUCUGUUGGUUUUUAUUCCUGUCCCAUUCUCUCUCUGCCCCUAGCAGGGAAGCACAAAAAAUGUAAAUCACUGUCAGUAACUAUAGUGGAUUGUAUCAUGAA